AUGAAUACUUUCAAUAAAAGAAAAGCAAUAAAUGAAUUAAAUCAAAGUCGGGGAAAAUUUUUUUUGGAGCUAACAAAUCUCAAUUUAAGUAAAAUCAACUCAGAAAAAGAAGAGAUUUAUAAAAGAGAAUUUGAAGGAGGUUCCAAAAAGUAUAAAUUUAAGCCUAUUUCAAGGAUUACCAAAGAAGAGCUUUUUGAAUAUUGGUCUAUUACCUUAAUGUUAGAUUUGGGUGUUUUUAAAACAAUUAUGGAUAUUAAAAACCAUAGUAAUACAAAAAUGAAAAGAAACAGAUUUUUUUUGGUUCAAUCAACAACAAAAUUUACAGAUGAUCAAAUUAAAAGAAUUGCAGGUGAAAUGAGUGAUAUUAGUUAUGAUUUGGUAGAAGGAAUUAAAAAAUAUAUUCAAGAUAAUAAUAAAUCUCCAAUUAUAUGUAUACCUCGUAAACCUCAUGCAAAUGGUCUUUUAAGUUAUAUGGUUGGGACCUUUUUAGAACGUAUUCAUCAUUUGUCAUCCCCUAAAAAAAGCCCCGAAUCAUCACCAAAAAGAGGGUCUUUUAAAGAAUUCAAAUAUCCAUAUAUUAUAGAGUUUUUAAACAAGUUAUAUAAUGAAAUAAAUCCCUCAAGUAGUGUUGAUCACGUAUUAGGAACGUAUAAAGAUUUUAAAUUUCAUUUAGUUGGCGAUAGUGCAUUUUUUUCCAAAGAUAAUUUAAAUCAUAUUGUAAAUAAAUGUUGGUUGGCAACAAUUUCAGAUUCCUCAAGUAGCAACAUUAACACAUUGCUCAAAGAUACAUUAAAAAAUGAUAAAAGUUGGAUUGCAAUAGAACUUGAUGGUUAUUAUAAAGUCUGUAAAAUUGAUGAAAGAAAUGAAAAAUUUCCUACAUUUAAAUCAAUUGCAACAACUGGUUUUAAAACUCAAAAUCGUGAAGUUAAUCCAAGUUUAGGAGUUUCAAGAUCAAGUAGUAAUAGGAGAAUGCCUAUAUCAAUUUGUGGUAUAGAUCCAUUAUCUCAUUCAACCAACCCCAAUUCGUACUCAUUAUUAUCAGAAGCAAUUCAAAAAGAUACUUUAAAAUCAUUUUCAUUAGUUAAACUCAAAAACUUGCAUCAAGAUUUUAAUUUACCAGCUCCUGCCCAGUUAACAUGUGAAGGUUACAUUUUAGCUCUUACCAGACUUUAUGAAAAUGAAAACUUUGAAUUAGAUUCACUUUUAAAAGACCUUUCCCAAUCUCUAAGAACGUCUCCUCCAUUAGUAUCAGAUUUUUAUAAAAAAUGGUUCAGUGUAAUAGAUAUUCAAACAGAUAUCUAUAUUCAGGUGGUAGUCAUGGAUAUGUUAAAAAUUGGAGAAUAUUUGCUGUUUCAUGUUUAA